CACCUACCUCACCAACUCACCAACUUAUUCAACAUCAUCGUGGCUGAAUAGCCAGCUGGCUUUCUUUCUCACCGACCAUGUCUGAAUAUCCAAAGUUCGAUCCAUCCCGCUUGACCAAAUCUUUUGCAGCAGCGCAGUAUUCCUCCGAAUCGGAGGAAGAAGAAGACGACGACUUCACCAUCCCCCAAGUAGACCCUUCCGCCGGCGAUGACUUUAGAGACUCGAAUCCCCGUAAACGUCGACGCGUCGGGAACGCCAAGGAGCGCGCCGCAUUAGGAAUAUUCGCCUCCGAUAGCGAAGAUGACGGGCCCGGGAGGCGUUGGAAAUCCAGGACUCUCCGCGGCAAGGGCAUGAACUUUGUUUCCACCGGUUCCGCAUCCAACGGCCAACCGGAAGAGGAGGCGAAGGAGUACUCAGACGAGGAGGGCGAUGCAAAUAUCAAUGCCGUCGACGGAGAAAGCGAAUCAGACGAGGAGGACGAAGAAGACGAAGAAGAAGACCGGGGCGUAGGACUCGGUUUUCGGAGCACGCAUGCUGCGCGUGCGGGCCAGGCCUUUGUAGCGGCGCAGAACAACGACAACAACAACACAGGUGGCGGCACUUCAGAAUCCCAAACUACCCGACAACGGCCCUCGUUUCCGAAAACCAAGUUCGAUGGCAAGAGCGCCCUCGGUCGAGGGUUCGUCCCUUCGUCAGCAUACCAACCCGUCUUGAAAGAAUCGGUCGACGACGACGAUGCCUCCCCGAACCCCCAAGUCGCGCGGCCCAGCGCCUUCGCCCCCGCCAAGGGCAACAAGACAAAAAUAAACCCCCAAUCCUUUGGCGCUCGCAUGAUGGCCAAGAUGGGCUACGUCGAAGGACGGGGCCUGGGCAAGGAAGGGCAGGGCCGCAACGUCAUCAUCGAAGCGCACCUACGUCCUCAGGGUGUCGGUCUCGGUGCCGUGCGAGAAAAGUCCGAGGCCGAGAAGAAAGAAGAGAAAAGGCAAGCGAGACUACGGGGCGAGACGGUCAUCGACUCGGACGAGGAAGAGAAGCAGAGGAAGCGAGAGAGGAAGAAGAAAGCGGCCUCCGGUAGCGGGGCUACCAGCGGUACCGGCACUCCGUCGGCGCGGCACAAGACCACUUUCAUGACGGCAGAGGAGCUCAGAAAGACGGCUCCCGGCCUACAAAUUCCAGAGGCGUUCGCGCCCAUCCUGGACAUGACGGGGCCGGGCAACAAGCUCCUCACGUCUACGUCGGGCCUGCUGACUCCCACGUCGGGAGCCGUUCCCGAAUCAUCCGAGGUGGCGGAAGCACGGAAGCUCGCCAGGCGAGCACAUGCCGACUUGGCGGCGUUUUCGGAAGAGUGGAGGAACCUGGAGGACAGGAAGAGCUGGAUCGAUCACGAGCUCCGCGAGCGCGAAAAGGAGGAGGCGGAUCUGACGUCGGCGUUUGGCCAGCUCCAGCUCUUCGCCAACGUCGUCACCAACGAGCUGCCCCAUGCUAUCGAAUGGUCCGACGUGAUGCGCUGCCUCCAGCAGGCGCUCGAACAUAUUGUGUCGCCUAGCGCUGAGGUGGCGGACAUUGCGGUGGCGGACAUUGUGGUGGCGGCCAUACAUCCGUUUUUCCGCGAUCCCGACUGGACCUUGCUAGAGGAGCCGGCGCGGUUCGCCACCGAGCUGAAGGACCUCCGCAGUCUUCUGAUGAAGCCGGGCGAGGGCGAUCACAAUACCAAUAAUAACAACGGCGGCGCCGUCGGCAAGUGGGAUCCCAGCACAAGCGGAGGGCUGAACAGCACGGACAUCUACCGCCGCCAUCACAAGGCGACCACGGCGUACGAAACGAUGAUGUACAAGCUCUGGUUCCCCAAGGCCAUGACGGCGAUCCGCGCGUGGGACGUGUUCGACCCGGGGGCGCUCCUGGCGGUGCUCGAGGCGUGGGACGACCUGCUGCCGGGGUUUGUGCGGGCGCAGUUCGUCGACGGCGUGGUGCGCAAGCUCGAGGCGGCGGUGGGCGAGUGGAACCCGCGCAAGAGCAAGACGAAGAACAACGACAACAACAAGCGGCACCAGCAGGGCCAGAGCCAGGGCCAGGGCCAGAGCCAGAGGCGGUUGCCGCACCUGUGGCUGUUCCCCUGGCUGCCCUACCUCCCGGCGUACCACCUCGAGCCCAAGGGCACGGGGCUCGUGGCGGACGUGCGGCGCAAGUUCGGGCAGCUCAUCGACGUGUGGGAGUUUGAGCGCGGGGUGGUGCCCGGGUUGGAGCAGUGGCGCGACGUGCUGGGGACGCAGUGGCGGCCGCUCGUCAUGGGACACGUGUUGCCUGGGAUGGGCCGGUAUCUGAAGGAGCAUUUCCGGAUCGACCCGAGCGACCAGGAGCCGUAUCUACCCAUCCUGACGGGGGCUCUGAAGUGGACGGGCGUGCUGGGGUCCAAGGUGCUGGCUGAGGUGAUGGUGGCCGAGGUGUUCCCGCUGUGGCAUGACAAGCUGAGCGAGUGGCUUGGACUGGAGGAGAUGAACCUGGAGGAGGUAUAUGCGUGGUACGAGUGGUGGAGGGAUCAGGUGUUCCCGAAGGAGGUUUCUGGGGCGACUUCGGUGAAGAGGGAGUUUGAGAAGGGGUCGAUGACUAUUGCGGCGGCGUUGGAGAAUAUGUGAUAAGAUGUUCUGUAGAUGGGACUACUAGUCUCUACCUUGGUCUCGACAAUAGAGAUGACCCGAUUGACAGAUAUAGUCUUUACGUCCCUCCUGCACGCUGCCCGCAUCAUUGCACCAG